AUGGAGGAGCCCAACAAGCACAUGGCGCGCGGCGCCGGCGGCUUUGACCAGCGCACGAACGCGCCACUCGUGAGUUCGAUUGCCGUCAUCGUCUGCUGUGCGAUCGGCGUCGGUGUCGGCAUUCUCUUGGCGUAUCUCAAGACACCGGAGGGUGUCAUGCAGUGGGUGCAGCUACCGGGUGACCUCUUUGUGCGCGCGCUGCAGUGCCUCAUCGUCCCGGUGGUGUUUUGCACCAUGGCCGUCUCGGUCGCCGAAGUCGUCGUCCUCAAGCGCACGUCCGUGCUCUCGUGGCGCACGGCCGCCGUCUUCUUUUUUACGUCGUUUCUUGCGACCGUUCAGGGCAUGCUGGUCGCGUUCAUCUACAAGUUUCUCGUCGACGGCUCGAGCGCCGCUGAGACGGGCACAGACGGGUCGCACUUGCUCAACUUUACACUCACGUGCGCCAACAAGGAGAGCUUGCAUCAAUUCCCAAACGGGUCGGUCGCGUGCGCGUCGGCGGGUGCAGCCAGCGGCAGCAACUACUUUAUCGUGGAAGACAUCAACAAGGUGCUCUCGCUCAACUCGCAGUACGCGCAAUUGUCGCUCACCGACCAAGUGAUUGCGACCAUCAGCCUCAUGGUGCCCGACAACAUCUUUGCGGCGCUCUCGGACGGCACGCUCCUAAGCAUCAUUGUCUUUGCAUUUGCUUUUGGGAUCGCCGUCGCCAAGUCGCAUCUGGGCAACAGCGACGACAACCACUUGCUCACGCUGCUGCGUCAAGUCCGGAACGCGCUCCUCAUGUUUCUCAACGCCGUCUUGCGCCUCACGCCGAUCGCAGUCGUGUCGCUCAUUGGCGGUGCCAUUGGCAGCUACGGGACGACCGCGACGACCUUCAUCUCGCGCGCCGGCUGGCUCGUCCUCGCCUUCACGAGCGGCAUCUGUAGCCACGUGCUCAUUGUGAUGCCGCUCGUGCUCUUCCUCACGACGCGGAUCCAGCCCUACACGUACAUUCGGCAGCUUGUGCCUGCGUACGUCUUUUCGUUUGGCAGUUCGUCGUCGAUGGCGUCGCUCCCGGUUGCCGUCACGGUCGUCCAGCAAACGCGCCAAGUCUCGCGCCAAGUCGCGCAGCUCGUCAUGUGCCUCGGGACGGCCGUCAACAAGAACGCCGCGGGCCUGUACUACCCGGUCAUGACCGUCCACCUCGCGUGCGCGUCGGGCAAUUCGAGCUCGUUUGGCAUCACGCAGAUGGUCGUCCUCUUCUUCGUGUCGCUCCUCGGCUCGAUGGGCACGGCGCCGGUUCCGAAUGCGGCGCUGGUCAUGCUCAUGACGGUCUGGAAGACUGCAACGUCGACCACGUUUCCGCAGCAAGCGUUCACGACCGUCGUCGCCGUCGACUUUCUCGUCGAUCGCAUGUGCACAACGACCAACGUCUAUGGCAACAUGAUUGCAACGCGGAUCCUUGCCGCCCACUACGACGAGCCCAACGAGACGGGCGACGAACAUUGA